AUGUUUGUGCCUGCCGGAGUUACGGAGCCAUCAAAGCGUCGUCCAACUCUUCCACGACUUGCAACACUGGAUACCUUCAAUCUCCCCGAAGAGAAGGUAGACAGCAUGAUCGCCCCGACUACUUCUUCAGCACUCCCUACCCCAACCUCAGAACUGCUCGGUGGCCACCCAUUCCGAAUUCUCAUUGCGCCUUCUGGCUUCAAAGAAAGCCUUGGCCCAGAACGGGUCGCGGAUGCAAUCGAGGCCGGACUUCGCAAUGUCAUCGAUAGCCAGAGCGUAGUGAUGAAGAAACUACCCCUACACGAUGGUGGUGAGGGAUUCUGCAGGGCUCUUGUAGCCACAGUCGGCGGAGACGUCAUCAAGCAAGUGGUGACAGGCCCCGUAGGUCGGCCCGUUGACUCUUACCUCGGCUUCGUUGGUGAAGAUCGAAAGACGGCCGUACUCGACAUGGCGGCAGCGGCUGGCCUAAGGCUUGUCCCUCGAGAUAUGCGCGACCCUACAGUCACUACCACGUAUGGUGUUGGCGAGUUGAUGAAACAUGCGCUCGAUAGAGGAUGUACAAAGAUUAUCAUUGGAUGUGGGGAUUCCGGGACUUCUGAUGGUGGAGCUGGAAUGCUUCAGGCUUUGGGAGUCCGGUUGCUUGAUGCCGAUGGUGAAGAGCUGCCCAAGGCAGCUGGUGGUCAAUCACUUACGGAGUUAUCUAAGAUAUGCUGGGGCGGUGUUCAUCCACGACUUCGGGAAGACGCGGAAGAUCGCGUUCAGAUAGAAGCCGUCUGCAAUGUCAAAAAUCUCCUUUGCGGUCCACGAGGCGUCGCUCGCGUCUAUGGGCCACAGAAAGGUGCAACACCGGAACAGGUCGAAUUGCUUGCAGAUGCUCUUGAUCGGCUCGCUGGUGUAGCUAAAGGAUGUCUCAACAAAGACAUCUCCCUCGAACCUGGUAGUGGGGCCUCCGGUGGUCUCGGAGGAGGCUUGCUGCUGCUUGGCGCACGCCUGCGAGCACGCAGUGAAGCUAUCAACGAGUACUUCGAAUUCGAUCGUGUUUUCGAGCAGCAAUGGGAUUUUGUCAUAACGGCGGAAGGAAGUUUGGAUUCGCAGUCGACGCAAGGGAAGAUGACGACCGAAGUCGCCCGCCGAGCGCGAAGACAUGGCGCGCAGGUGGUGGCUUUGGCUGGGACAAUUGGCGAGGGGGCUGACGGGUGUUAUGGAGCGGGAAUCAAGGCUUUCACAAGCAUCCUCAAAGGGCCUUCUUCACUUGAAGACGCCAUUGCAGAGACGGAAAAGCUGGUCAAGGACGGUGCGGAAAAGGUUAUACGUAUGAUACUGGUUGGGCUGGCUCUUGGUAGGCGACAAUACUGA